AUGGGCAUUCAGGAGGCAGCUGAGAAUAGCAAGUACUUGGGACUCCCAAGUUCGGUUGGAAGAAACAAAAAUGUCGUCUUUGGUUUUGUGAAAGACAAGGUGCAUAAACGAAUUCAAACCUGGGACAACAAGUUUCUUUCUAGAGCGGGUAAAAAAGUGCUUAUUAAGUCAGUUGUUCAAGCCCUCCCAACUUACACUAUGAAUGUCUUUCUCAUCCCCGUUGGCAUUUGUAAUGAUAUUGAGCGAGCUAUUAGCCAAUUUUGGUGGCGAUCUUCUUCUAAGAAGGGAAUUCAUUGGAUGAAUUGGGAUAAGCUUUCGGCUCACAAAGCUAAUGGUGGAAUGGGGUUUCGAGACUUUAGAGAUUUUAACCUUGCAUUAUUGGCUAAGCAAGGGUGGAGACUCCUCACUUGUGGUGAUACAUUGAUGGGGAAAAUUUUUAAAGCUCGCUACUUCUCUACGGGGUCUUUUCUUUCGGCUACUCUUGGUUCUAAUCCAAGUUACAUUUGGAGGAGUGUUCUUGAAGCCCAAGACUUGGUUCGGGCUGGGGUUAGGAAGAUGGUUGGCGAUGGAUCUACAACGAACAUUUUGGUGGAUCCGUGGCUAGCUGAUGAGUUGAAUCCGUUUAUUGAAUCUCGGCAUCCAGCUCUUGUUGGUAACUCCGUAAAGUCUCUUAUGAAGCCCGAUGAAAUUGAAUGGGAUGAUGAGGUGAUUUUGGAUGUGUUAACCGAGCGAGAUCAAGCUUUAGUCUUCAAAAUUCCACUCUCAUAA